UCGCGUCGCGUCAAGACAUAUCACCAUCAUUGUUGUCCUUCCCCCGACGAAUACAACAUACUUCGAAGCUCUACAAUGCCUUCACCAGAUAUUCAUACCGCCAAUAUAAGCCGUCGCAGAAGUCCAAUUAGCUUGAUUAAUCCCUUUAGGAGGACACAAUUGCGGCCUUCAUCGAGCAACUCAGACCAGUUAUCAGACAAUUCAACGGCCUGCCUCGAAAUAUGUCAAUAUGGCACGGAAGGUGUGUUCAGUGGCGAAAAUCAGACAUAUACCUCCGGAACGAUUAUCGCACGUCCCUGUAUAGACCAAGCAAACAGUUCCAACACGUUGACACACUGAUACCAGACCCGGCCAUGACCAUACGGGAAAGGCAGCACACCGGUCAACAGAGUCGAGACGAGUGUAUAACGCGAGCCGUAACGAGAAUGACGAUCCUCCCGACUGCCUUAGGAUUGGCUCGCCAGCUGGUAAAAACAGACCGUCACCUCGCCUCGGCACUUGCGUUAGCCCACGAAAGGGACCUUGCCUGGGCCGAACAAAGACGUCAAAUGCAAGAAGGCAGAGCGACUUUUUCACAGCCAGUCACAAGCCCUGUCCAGGUCUCAUUGCUUCCGAACGUGUCUGCUCCGGGCGAGGAGCAGUGCGAGCAGCACGACUUGUCCGAUGCCAGCUCGAGGUCCAACGCAGUCGAAACAAUCCCAAACCCGCCAACCCCGUGUGAUCCAGCUCCGUCGGUUGAUGCCCUUUUUGCUAGGGUUAACAGUUUUGCGAAAACCCGUGGCUUCGGUGUUAUCAAGGCUCAUGGUAUGAUUCGACCUGGACAGCGAAGUCGAUAUGUCCUCCAAUGCGAUCGUCUCGAAAGUCGGGGUGCCUAUGGAAGAUUAUUGCCGAGGCCCUGCCAGAGAACGGUUUUCAGUGAACUCUGCGGCACUUCCCAGAUGCGGAACACCACCACCACAAUCAUAACCCCAGUACCGAUGCCGCCGCUCACCCAGUUCAUCGACGACUUACUAAUCCUGUGAAGGUGACCAUCCAGUCUUCCAGUCGACGGGUUGGCAUUCGUGCACGAGACAUUGGUGGCAUAGUCCGAGAUCACUUUCCAGAUUCGGUUUACACCAAGAGAGAUAUCUACAAUGCCAGAGCUCGGAUUAGCAGAGAGAGUCUGGGUGGCUACAGCUCUACAGCUGCAUUGAUCAAGUCAUUCGACGACAAGGAGAUCCCUUACGUUGCCGAGUGGGCUAAGGACGAACCCGACCGCUUGGUGGGGUUGGUUUAGAUGUUCCCCUACUGUAUCCAGAUGUGGAGGCGUUUCCCCGAGGUCAUCAG